UUGAUUAUUAAAUUGCGUGUUUCAUUUUCCGAUGGAGAUUUGACUUUUGACGAUUCAUCCCUCCAUUCAAUCUUCUCUUUAUAAUUCAUCAUCGUCUUUCUCAAGCUAUCGAAAGAAUACGAUAGUUUGAUUUGAUUCCUCAGUUUUUUGUAUUAUCUCUUCAAAUGCUUCAUCGUAGUUUCAAACCGGCUAAAUGCAAGACGUCGUUGAAGCUAGCAUCGGCUCGGUUAAAGCUGUUGAAGAACAGGAAAGACGUGCAAGUGAAGCAGUUGAAGAAAGAACUUGCUCAAUUGUUGGAAUCAGGGCAAGAGCAAACUGCUCGAAUUCGGGUUGAGAAUGUAAUUCAUGAGGUUAAGUUGGUGGCAGCUUAUGAUCUUCUUGAGAUAUACUGUGAACUUAUUGCUGCUCGGUUGCAAAUCAUUGAAUCUCAGAAAAACUGCCCCAUUGACAUGAAGGAAGCAAUUACUAGUGUAAUAUUUGCAUCACCUCGAUGUUCAGAUGUAACUGAACUUCAAGAUAUUCGUAAGCAAUUCACUGCAAAGUAUAGUAAAGAAUUUGUUACUGCUGCUGUCGAGCUCCGGCCUGAUUGUGGUGUUAGCCGUUUGUUGGUUGAGAAAUUGUCUGCAAAUGCCACUGAUGGACAAGCAAAGUUGAAGUUUCUGAAAGAAAUUGCAGACGAACAUGGUGUCAAGUGGGAACCUGUAUUGCUCGACCCAAAACCUUCUCAAGAUUUACUGAAGGGUCCAACUUCAUUUGUGAAGGCGGAGAUUAAGACAGAGCCACCGCCACCUCCUACUCCUACUCCUCCAGUCCAGACUGCAACGCCGCCUACUUUUCAAAGUCAUUACAGUAUGAAUGCAGGUAGUAAUAAUAAUAAUGCAAACGAGAGAUUUAAUCAUGAACAUGUGAAGACAUCUUUCAAACAUCCUUAUUCUGUCCAUGAAGAAGUCUUCUCGCCUAGUAUGAAGAAUCGGAACAUGGAAUUUGAGAAUGCAGCUGCGGCAGCUAUGGCUGCCGCCGAAUCUGCUGACAUAGCUUGUAGGGCUGCUAGAGAAGCGGCAGAGUUUGCCAGCCAAGGAAAGUUUUCCAGACAGCCUUCGACAGAUUCACAUAAAUCUAGGUUAAGCGAUUCCCAAAAUGAUGAAGAUCGAAGGAGGGAUGACAGAAACUCGGAGAAUCUUUCUUUUCAACGCAGGAAUUCCUUGUUGAAAAAUGAUAGCAGAAUUCAUAGGGGUCCUAGUCGUUCGGAUUCUUUAAAGUCCAAGGCUUCUUCAAUUGAUGAUAGAUAUCAGAAUGAUUUCCAUAAUGCAGAAAGAUAUUCACCAAAGAAUUCUUUCUUUUCGGAGCAGAAUUUAGAGAAACAGUCUUCUAGUUCACGAUCCGAGAAUUUUGACUAUUACGAUGAAGAAAGAUUGACAAGGAAAAUCUCUUUGAAUAAGACAUCUGCAGUUUUCGAUGAUUCAGGUUCAGAUGUUGACUACGAUUAUGAGUUUGAUGUGGAACGGAAAGACGAUAGCCCAAAACCAGAAAGAACAUCUUCCUCAAAGAGCUAUCAUGAUGUUACGCCCCCAGAACGAACAUAUUCGUCAAAGAGCUAUCAUGACGUUACGCCCCCAGAACGAUCAUAUUCCUCAAAGAGCUAUCAUGAUGUUACGCCGCCAGUGACUUUUGAUGAUUCUGAAGGGGAUGAAACAGAUAACAAUUCUAGAUAUAAUCCUCCUACAUCCAUAAGAGUAGAUUCUUCAUCUGAUAAUGAUGAUGACAAGAUUGAAUUAGAAGAACCAACGAGUGAAAAAAGAUUGAAUUUUGAAAACUUAAGAGGUGGUUUCAAACAUUACAAGUCUAGGAUACCGCCUUACACAUCUCCGACUGCAAAAAUCGAUAAUGUGAAACCGUCAAUCCAGAGAGAUGAUCCAGUAACUGCAUCUGAUUCUGAUAGUGGCGAAGAUUUUAAUGCAGUAAUAUUACCCAAAAGAGAAUCCAGCUUCAAGCAAGUCAACAAGACUCCUCCUCCGACGAGACUACAACCUAAAACAACAUAUUUUGACUCCGACGAAAGCGAAACGGAGGAACAUCCGUCAUCAUCACAAGUUUCUGGCUCUGGCCAAAACAAUCGAGUUGAGACUACUCCUCUUUUUUGGAGGACUAAAACAAGAAUGGUGGAAGAAAGACCAACUGUAAAUGAUCCAAAACCUGUGCAGAAGCAGAAAUUAAUGUCGUUUCAGCAUCGAACUGAAGUGGAACUGGAACCGCCAGAGCAACCUCCUUAUAAGAAGGAACAAUUGAGGAUGUCAUCCUCAUCAUCAGCAAUGGAAACAAGAUCGAGUGAGAAUUCAUUCAAGACAAGUACAAGUCAUGUUCAUCCAAACCUUCCUGAUUACGACGAAAUAGCUGCUCGGAUGCAGGCCCUUCGAGUUAAUCGUCGCUAAAUCAUUGAUACAACUCAUUUUUAUGUAUACAUAAUAUACACGAGUAUUACCUACAAAACCAAAAUAAUAAUAAUAAUCUCAUUUGGCA